CUAUAUUGUAUAUGUAGUCCUCCUAUAUGGUCAGUGGAGCUGAUGAAAUGGACAAUAAGUGAAGAUACAAGGUUAAGGCUAUUUGCUUAAACUGUACCACUAAUAGAGAAAAACAGUGUUCUCCUUAGAUGUCCUCUUAUUUCCAUCUUUAUGGUAAGAUCUGGUAAAGAAUAUGAUGGAUAUGCUGAACACAGUUCAUGCCCUGUGGAAGUCAAUGGAAGGUAGCUGUUCAUUUUGGUGGUGAAGAAGGUGGAAAAAAGAUCUACCUUUGAGGAAAAACAUUGACUUUUUCUUCAUGAGAUGGUUAUGAAUUCACUGCCUGAUGUCUGAGACACUGUUUUAUGAUAGUUUUGACCUAAAAUAUAUAUAUUUAACAGUAUUUAUGUUAGAGAAAUACAUGCAGGGUGUUGUAAGGCUAAAUUAUCCCCAAAGAAAACAUAAUGCGUAAUUUAAUGGCUAAGAUGUAAUCUAAGUCAUUCAGAGUGGUCUGGUGUGAAAAGCUCUGUUCUAGAGAAGCUUAGAGUCAAAAUUGCUCACAGUGGUGGUGAUAGGAACCAGACGUCCACCUCUAAAAGGUCCUCACAGAGAGUUAAUGCAAGGAAUGGUGCCUGGAACAUUGUUUUAUGGUAGUUUUUAGAAGCUUUUGGCCUAAAACGUAUUCUUUAUCAUCUGUUCAUGGUGAAGGGAUACACGCAGGUGAUAAAGAUGCAGAACCUGUUUAUUAAUUGUCCAGUUUUGGGAGGAUUUGGGGAGGUGUGGACUGUGUUUUGGCUGUAAGAGGAGAGGGCGGAGACCUGGUGCCUCUCACAGAUAACGUAUCAGCGUUCAGUGUUCGCCCAUUAUAAUCACCCCCACCUCUCGCUCAGAGAGCAGUAACCAGGGCUUUCCCUCAGGGCUGAUGAGGACAGCUGCGUGACGCUUGAACAGGGAUGUUUUCUACUUUUAAUGUGAGGGAUUUCUCCAGAUCUUCAGUGCAGACUGUUGGCAGGAUGAGUGAGGGUCCCGCGGUCAGUCCCUCCGCUGCCAUCACUCCAGUGCAGCAGAUGCUGGCGUCCGGCACUGGAGCUUUACUGACCUCUCUCUUUGUGACGCCGCUGGACGUGGUGAAGAUCAGACUGCAGGCCCAGCAAACUCCCUUCUACCACGCCUUACCAGCAGAUUCGCGGUCCUGGAGGGGAUUGAUGCGUCCCUCAAAAUGGAAGUGCUUUCUGUAUUGUAACGGGCUGAUGGACCACAUCUACGUGUGCCAGAAUAUGACCACCUGCAGCACCUGGUACAAAACGCCCACUCACUUCAGCGGGACGCUGGAUGCGUUUGUGAAAAUCACGAGGCACGAGGGUCUGCGGUCUCUGUGGAGCGGCCUGCCUCCAACACUGGUCAUGGCUGUUCCUGCCACGGUCAUCUACUUCACCUGCUACGAUCAGCUGAGGGACUUCCUGCGCUACGGCAUGGGUUACCAGGGCACCCACGUGCCCCUCAUUGCAGGAGGGCUGGCCAGACUUGGAGCAGUGACUGUGAUCAGUCCUCUGGAGCUUGUGCGCACCAAGAUGCAGUCUCGUCAGCUGUCCUACAGCGAGCUGAGAGUCUGUAUACGCUCGGCCGUGACUCAGAACGGCUGGCUGUCUCUCUGGAGGGGCUGGGGGCCUACCGUCCUACGGGACGUCCCUUUCUCUGCUCUGUACUGGUUUAACUAUGAGCUGGUGAAGGCGGAGCUGUGUGACAGAUACAGCGGGCCUCAGGCUUCUUUUGCUGUCAGUUUCACUGCAGGAGCCGUUUCAGGAGCUAUAGCCGCAGUGAUGACCCUGCCGUUUGACGUGGUGAAAACACGCCGGCAGAUCCAGCUGGGAGAGAUGGACACUCUAGGAGCCCCGCUGAAGAAGCCCUCUUCAACAUGGCACAUAAUGAAGAAUAUCUGGAGUGAGGUGGGGUAUCGGGGGCUGUUUGCAGGCUUAUUUCCACGGGUGAUCAAAGUGGCCCCGGCGUGCGCAGUCAUGAUCAGCACGUACGAGUUUGGAAAGGCUUUCUUCCACAAGCGCAACGAGGAGCAGAAGCAGAGAGGAGCCUGAGGACGUUUUGGCUGCUGGAUUCAGCCUCUAUAUUUAUCCCCAGCCCACUGUGGAGGAGCUGCUGGACAGAAACAGGACAGAUAUGCGUCCGCAGAAACGAAACUGCCUUUAGCUCAGCCUCUGCAUGUGUCCCGCGCUGGACUAAAGAUACAUCUGAGUGAAGCUGGACGUGUUAUGACAAGACAGCAAGCCCACAGAUGGGAGCUGUGGGACUUUUACCAUGUAAAGCUGUGGAUCUCAGUAGGGCUGCACUGCACGAUAUGGAUAAAAUACUAGCGAUGUGACUGUAUUGCUGUAUAUUGCGAUAUAUAUUCAAAUGCAUCCAAUCAAUAAUGUAACGUGGCAAUAUUUUGCUCAAAAUAAUAGACUUUUCUUCAAAACUCCAACAAAAACAUAUACAAACAGUAAAAUUAAUCUGAUUGGUUAGAUGGCUGUGUGUAUUGUAGCCUUCCAGCACAUCCUUAUUGUGAACAUAUUGUUUAUUUUGCAGCCCUAAAGCUUAGUAAUCCCCUGAAAUGUGACGCAACAUUGACGUAGCAUGGUGCUCCGUCGUCAUACACUGAAGUGGCACCAAAGCAUGCUGGCAGACGAGGCUAAAGCUGGCUUCUUAUUUGAAUUUGCCGGUCCACCUUAAAUGCUGCGGCAGUUGCAUUCUGGUGCCUAAGGUGCCCCGAUUGUAACUGCUGCACCAUUUAAGGUGGAACAGGGAAUUUAAUCUUGUUGCUGGCAGAAACUCUACCUCUGUAUGCUGCCCUUAUUUGCAUGGGAGCGAAGAGAGAGACUUUAGCGAAUGAUUUAUUUGUGGCCGUUUCAUCUUAAUGAAGUAGCUUCUGGCAGCACGUGGCCUCCAUUCACGUGUCCACACACGUGGCCGAGCUCUGCCACUCUGAACCAGCAGAUCUGUGUGCAGCAGCCACCUGCUGGUCAUUCACUGGAAUCACAAGACGGCCGUUAGUGUCUGCUGGGGAGAAAAUGGCUGCGACACACACGUCUGAAUGUCUCUUUGUCAUAUUUUAUGUACUAGCAGCAGAUGCAUACAUAUAUUCGUGUUCUAAGUCAGCCUAAGUGACUAUCCUGAAUGACUUAAAGGGGAAUUCCACUCUUUUUUCAGGAUUUCUACACAAGUAAUUUGUGAGGAUGUAAACAAAGUCAUUCAAAGUGGUUUAUCAGUGGAUUAUAGGCGAAUAGAGAAGCUUAUCAACUCAGAUAUUUUUACAGUGGUGGUGAUAGGAACCAGGGGUCAGCAUGUUUACAACUCAGAUAAAGGCAUUUUAUUUACUAUCCAAAACUACCAGUGAACCUACGUGUCUUGAGUUUUAUAUGGAAUGCUGAUGAUGGAAAAAUAGUGGAAAAUCUGGAAAAAUAUGUUUUCUUUGGGGACUAUUUUG